GGCGUUAUACGGCCAAGGGAAGUUCAAACUGAUUGGAGUGGUCCAAAUUCAGAACAGUACUAGGAUUGCCACCCCAACACAACUAUGAGAAAAAACUAAAUUUGUUGUCUUUUCAGUAUCUUUUUUCUUUUUUGCAGUGAGCUGCGCUUACAGGACGGGACCUGCUUCACUGUUAAGCCUAGAAACAAGAGCUCUGAAAUCAGAAAACCAUGAAGAAAGCCUCUGUUUCUUCCCAAAAUUUAGGUGUAUUCCAAAGCCUGGGAGCUACUAGUAACCGUGAUGAAAAUGCUGGGGGCCAAAAGAGUUGGAGCUCUGAACGACUAUUAUUGCCAGGUAAAAGCAGCCAGAGGCACCUAAGUGCUGCAUCUCUGAUGCCACUCAAUAACCGAAGGGCAUUGCCUUCAAAGUGGGAGGAUGCCGAGAGGUGGAUUUGUAGCCCAGUUUCAGGACAGAGGAUCGGUCAAAUUUCACAUUCCCAGCCUCAAAAGCGGCCUAAAUCCAAGAGUGGUCCAAUAAUGCCUGCAGGGGUUGUGUGCUAUGCAAAUUAUUCGCCUGCAAUGGAGGGGCUUGAAGAUGGCAGUACUGUGAGGAGUUUCCUGGUGGGCCCUCCUUUUUCAGCUGGAGUACUGGUUGCAGAUGAUGGCCUCUUUGCUCGAUAUGGCAAAGGUGAGGUAGGACAGUCUCAUCUUGCGGAUGCUAAGAACAGUGGGGUACAAAUACAAUCAGCUUCUUUGCCCGGGUGGUCGGAGUUGUUGUUGAGUGAACCAUCCUUGUCUGGCUCUCAAGAUGAGAAACUGGAUGGAGCUAAGCAGACCAUGGAUUCUUGUGCGGUUUUGCGACAAGAUAUGGCUACCCGAGUGAGCCAUAAGGGUGGCAUCAACUCAUCUCCAAGGGGUGUUUCUUCAACUCCAUCGUUUCCAUCUAUAUUGGAAACACAUGGCGACAGUUCCGCAAAAGUUGAAGUCAGGAAUAUGCAGGUUGACAAACCUGCCAAAUUUAUUAGUUGGUCUAAAGGACAAAUACCCAAUACAACUCAGAAAAGGUCUCCACGUUUUAAAGACUUCAAUAAUUCUAUGGAAGCUCAAGCUUCAUCUUGGAAUAUCUCAGAGGAAGAAAUUAUGAGCACUUCAAAGUUGCUAAGAGAGGAAGCCAAGAUCACUGCAUGGGAAAAAUUGCAGAAAGAAAAAGCUGAAGCAGCAAUACGAAAACUUGAGGUGAAAUUAGAGAAGAAGAGAUCAUCAUCAAUGGAUAAUAUCUUAAACAAGCUGAGCAUGGCAGAGAUGAAGGCCCAGAAGAUGAGAAGCGCAUUGUCAAACCACGAAGGAUAUCAGAUUCCCAAGACUUCCCGCAAGGGUGUUUCCUUGAGAAAGCUGGUGCGAAUGGGUUCCUUCAAGCGCUGCUUUACCUCCGGCCAUGCGUUCUAAAUCCUCAUGAUUCAGUGUUGGUCUAAUUUAGCCUUCUACCAGAACUCAAAUGGUGGUGUUUUGCUGCAAGAUCAACAAUACAGUAGACGACCACAAAUGAUACAGAUCAUCUGAGAAAACGAUAGAAGAUGGAGAUUUUGGUGAUUCUAAAUAACUAUUUCUCACUCAUUUUAGUUCUUUAUAUUAUAUAGAUAAACCAAGAGAGAGAACAGUUGUAAUGGAAGUAUUACUCCAAUAAGCUGUUAUGUUGCUUGCUUGCUAGACCAGAGGAUGUAAUGACUGGACCAGCAGUCCAGCACAAUUAUGUGGAUAUACAUAUGGUCAAAUUUCCAGCUCA